AGGUUAAUAACAUGAACGGUGUUUCAGGCGAGCCCAUCUACGCAACUGCUUGGAGAAGCUGAAAGAGAUGGUGCCGCUGGGACCAGAAGCCUCCCGACACACUACACUAGGACUGCUCACGAAAGCGAAGCGGUUUAUCAAGAACCUGGAGGACCGGGAACGGAAACACGCGGUGCACAAAGAGCACCUGCACCGGGAACACCGCUACCUGAGGCGGCGGCUUGAACAGUUGAACGCGCACAAUGCGCUUUCGAAGCGACGCUCCGUUUCCGAAUGCAGCACCUCCACUGUCUCCAGUACAAAUUCCUCCUCUUCGGGAUCGCCUUCGUCCGUCUCCGAGUCAGAUGAAGUUGAUGUGAUUGGGUACACCAGCAACCAGUCUGACACAGAUGACCACAGCAGUGUCCAAUCAACCUCAAGUGACAGUGGAGUGGCCAUGAGCACUAGCCGCCUCACCCUGUCUGAGAUGGAGAUUAUCUAGGUUGAAAGGCAUUGAUGUUUGGAGCAGUUGAGGGACAAGACGCUGCCUGUCGGAGAUCUGCCCGGCCCAAGCAGUGCCACCAUCGUAAUUACCAGAGCCAGUAACAUUGCGGAGCCCAUCUCUAGUCAUCAGCAAGGAAUCCUCUGUAUUAUAUAAAUAAGAGCUUGGGGAGUCUUAGCGCAUCGCAAUUCACUGCAUGUGUAAAUUAUUUAUGUAAAUUGUACAUAUUUUUGUUUUAAAGAGAAAAGAUUAUAAAACAUAGUAUUUGCAGGUCAUGACUCUGAACCAUUGGCCAGGAAUAAUUAUUUUUUUUAUUUUGAGAUUACAGUGGAGAGUGAUUUUAAAAUAUGUUUUAUGGAUUGUUAGAGAGUCAUGAAAAGAUAAUGUUUUUGGCGUGUUCGCAAUGAAAAGUUGCAAGAAUGUGCCUGUUAGCUUAGCCAUGUCUGUAUGUCCAUCAAUCCGUCAGCAUGUAGCAACUAUGGAACUGUGGAACAGAUGAUCAAAAAAUUUCAUACUGGGGAGUUUUACAAAUAUUUGCCAAACAUUCCAAUUUGGGUUAAAAUCAUACAGUAGUAACAGACACUUGCAUGAAGACAUACGUACAGUUCUACACACAUCUCAAAUAUAACAUACUAAAUAUUUAUCAGAAGAAAUGUGUUUCAAACAAAAGAUGUUGAGGCAUGUGAAACACAUAUUUUAUCCCUAAUACACUUUGUCCUCGAGUCUUACAUCUUUAAUGAUAAUUAAGCAAGAGGGGUUUUUAUGCUAUGUCACUUCAAAAUCAAUACCUGAAAAUCUAGAAGUAUCAAUAACAACAGAGCGAACGCGCCAGAAGUAUCACGCUAUGCGUACAUUUCCUAAUUUGUUAGUUUUUUAAGCAAUCUUAUUAAAUAUUCCAACAGGCAGAUCUCUGGACAGACGGUCUUCUCGUCUGUUCAAAUACUUUUAAAAAGUGUAUAAAAAUAAUAAAAAAAGACUAUGUUGUGACCUUGGGUUACAUUAGCUUUCAACUCUUCAAGAGCUGAUUUGAGUUUCUUCUGCAGAUAGUGCUUGGAGAAAGCACAUCAAAAAUCAAUUCUCCAUAACUCCUAUGGAACAAAAAGCUAUUAAAGAACAAAAUAUACCAUAAAGAGUUCUGGUAGGUUGAAUUGUAAAAAAGGAAAAAUGAAUAAUUUUUCUAAAAAAAUAUUGUUAGAAAAAAAGGUGGCACUUGUAAUAAGAGUUUGAGAAAUUCUGUCAACUAUUGUAGAAGAAUGUGAACCGGUGAGUUGAGAGACAUUUGCCGGCUGCGAGUGCAAAGUGAACGUGAUGCAACAUGUCUUAUGCAGCAUGUCUGCGGGCCCAGAUCUCUCCAACCAAAACAUGGUGUGUCCCUCCGUUCUCCUGCAGUGCAAGAAAACAACACGAGAAAGAUUAUUACUGAAGGAACAUCGUAAGGCAUUCAAAGAGUACAAAUUCUGUAUAAGUCCCCGAUGAUAAUGGGAACUUUCUAUGUUUAAUUUUUUCCCGUGGACUUGAGUUUCAGCAGAUAGCUGCCAGGUGUUUGAGCUCUUAUUUUAUUAUAGUAAUAAAUUGUGAGACGAACCGUUAUUGGGCACCUGAUGAACGCCUGCCCACCAGGCGUGCUAAGUGCUGAAACACUGUGUUCCAGUGGUAGAACUGAGCCUCUUCAAGUGUAGCAGUGGUGAAAUGGUGUGCAUGUGUGAGUGAGUGCAUGAAAAUGUGUGAGAGAAUCAGGCAAGAGAAAGUAAUGUACAUUAAGUUUGGAUGUUGAUGGAGCGGGACUUGCCUUUAGUCUCCAGCUUGGUGUCGACUGGCUACCUCUCUUUGAAAUCUCUCCAUCACAUCAUCUUACUACAUGCCUUAAGGUUUAGAUAUUUCACAAAGUUGGGUCUCAUUUUGUGAAUAGGUCAUUCAGCAAGCUGGAAACUAAGCUCGCAAUUGAGAUACUGUGUGCAAUAGUGGGUCCUGCCAUGCACUGUGAGAUAGAGUAACAUGAACCAGUAAUGUAUGUCAUUAAACCCACUCAUGUAUUUGGUGAAAGGUUUUGUUGUAGCAUAGAUUCUAUUCAUGUACAAUAGCGAGGAGUAGUGAAUAUUUGUAAGAAUAUUGCAGUACCCACUGCUGCAUGUGCCCUUGAUGCAGUCCUCACACACGAGGGUGACUGAUGAUAAGAGCCACGUGAACACUCAGAAGGCAGAAAGAGGCUGUAGAUUGUCAGCUCUUCAAUGUCUGCUUCUCUUAGCCGCAAAAAAAUACAAAAACAUACUAAAAACUUACCUAACUACCUUUCUGUGUCAAAAAAGAGCUUGGAAGAUUCUUCACAAACUAAAAAAGAAUAAAACAAAAAAAUACAUAGGAAUAUAUGUUACUGGAAGCACUACCAAUUUGGUCCGAAGGUAUCUUUAAAAUGUGAUACAACUGGAAAACAAAAUACAGUUUUUGUGUAGGUUAAUUUUUUUCAAGCAAGUUUCUGCAUAGCAGCAAUAUGAAUUGAUACCAGUAUUGUGAAAUCGUUUCACCUCAUCCUGUUAGAUUAAUGAAAUAAUAGACAUUUAUGGUGGUUUUAUUAGCUAUCUUGUUUAGAUUUUACCCAGUGGGCCAUCAGUUGUGGCCUUUUUCAAAACAUCUUGCUGCUUUCUUAAGUUUAGACUGGCUUCGCCACCAGUUGUAACUGUUUGUGGAUGCUUUCUGUGAUUUGAUUGGUUCUCAAGUCAAAAUCCCUGCAAUUAGCUGCUGGACUGAAGUAAAUAAUUGUCAUGGUUGAGGGCAAUCCGCUCUCUCUGGCACAGACCUGUUCUGGCAGUUAUCUGUCCCAGUUUUAUGGCUGUAUGAGAAAACUUAUUGUACAUAUUACUUGUAACUAUUCAUAUUGCAUCAUUGUUUUGUUCUUAAUCAUUUUCUUGAUUCUACAGAAAAUAAAUUUGUGUAUUAUUACAAAGUA